CAGCAACGAGACAACUGCAAUGGCCAAUGGGUCCUGGCCUCCGCAGAGAUCCACCUUAUGGUAUUAAUUACCUUCAUACUCAAGACUUCGUAAAUAAUAAAGAAAGCAAAAACAUAACGUGCUGUACCCAUGACGUGCGUUCUGGAGAUUCUUUAACUGUUCAAGAAUUUAAUUAUAUUCAAUCAAAAAUCAAACAGUCAAUGCACUCUUUAUACUUUCACUCCUCCGAUCCUCUUCCAUCUAACCCUUUGGCUCUCGAGUUAGCUGUGCAUGUUAGCCUGACCACCACCACCACCACCGCCGCCAUUAACGCCAGCACCAUAACUUCAACAAAACAAUGUCAAUGCUGGCCAAGACCGAUUCCGAGGUGAGCAGCCUAUCCCAGUCUUCGCCGGCGCGGUCCCCUCGCCGGCCUGUCUACUACGUCCAGAGCCCUUCCAGGGACUCUCAUGAUGAGAAGACGACCAACUCCUUCCACUCCAGCCCAGUGCUCAGCCCCAUGGGUUCCCCUCCCCACUCCCACUCCAACUCUUCUCUCGGCCCACACUCUCGGGAGUCCUCCUCCACUCGCUUCUCCGCCUCCCUCAAGCCCGGCUCUCGCUCUAAGAACCACGGCUCCCAAAGGAAGGGUUGGAAGGCCUGGAAAGAGUUCGGUGCCAUUGAAGAAGAAGACCUUCUUAACAAUGAUGAUGGGAACCCACAUGGCCUCACUCGCCGCUGCUACUUUCUCGCCUUUGUUGUCGGCUUCUUUGUGCUUUUCUCUUUCUUUUCUUUGAUCCUCUGGGGUGCAAGUCGUCCCCAGAAACCCGUUAUUACUAUGAAGAGCAUUUUAUUCGACCAGUUUGUGAUUCAAGCGGGUGCAGAUUUCUCAGGAGUAGCCACGAACAUGGUGUCCAUGAAUUCCACAGUGAAGCUUACAUUUCGAAACACGGCAACAUUUUUCGGGGUCCAUGUCGCAUCAAUGCCUUUAGAUCUCUCCUAUUUUCAACUCACUGUAGCCUCUGGAACCGUACAAAAGUUUUAUCAAUCAAGAAAGAGUCAGAGAUCAGUGUCUGUGAUCCUGAAAGGAAGCAAUGUCCCAUUGUAUGGAGGGGGAGCAAGCUUGAGCAGUUUGAAUGGUGCACCAAUUGAGCCAGUGCCACUGACUUUGAAGUUCAUGGUUCGAUCGAAAGCGUAUGUUUUGGGUAAACUGGUGAAGCCCAGGUUCUACAAGACGGUUGAGUGCUCAGUUAUAAUGGAUCCAAAGAAAAUGAGCAAGGCCAUUUCGCUCAAGAACAAGUGCACUGAUCACCAGUGAAAGAAAAAUAAUACCCCAGAAUCAGAUGAAUGUAUUGGUCAUGUAUUUAGUUGUUGAUUACGAAAACGAGUUUUUUUUUUUUUUUAAUGGAAUAAUUUAUUUAAGCAUUAAAUAGUUGGGGAAAUAAUUACCGGAAAAUGCAGCCUUUUCGGCUUAGAAGCAGGAAUUGACUGCAGGGGGUUCCGGAUCUCAUUGCUGACUGACUUGAAGAAUCCAGGAAAUAGCCGAACACGAGUUGAGUAGUUGGUCGGUUGUAUGAAUUUUAUUUUAAUUUUUUUCCACUUGAAAUUUAUUUAGCUAGCGAUUAAUAUGUCUUUAAGUUUUUGCUUGGAUUUUAAGGCAAAAAAUGAGAAAAUACAUAGAUAUGAAGGGAGGAGUUUGUCGGUGGUCCGAACUGUCGUUGUUGUUAUUAUUA